AUGUCUUUUUUGCUUGAUAUGUGUGAACCAGUGAUGAAAAGGGGAGCCAAUAGAAGAAGAAUUUUCAUUAGGCUGUUCUCAACUGUGUCCUUGAUGGGCUUGUUUCUACGAAGCAAAGUUCAAUGUGGGACCAUCUAUGCGUUUAGUUCAUGUAUGUCUGCUUGUAGCAAUUUAUCUUUGUCUGGCUGUUUUGUAAUGUGUCUUGUGUCUUGUGUCCUUUGUAUCGGUGGAUUUAAUAUGUUGUCUUGGACAAAGUUGUUCCUUAAUGCAACGUGGUUUCUUUACUAUUUUGAAUGCUGA